UCAGUCAUCGCCCUUUCCUUGCUCACUCCAGCUGAACAACAGAACAAGUGCCAAAACCACGAGCCCCCACAAACAAACCAGACCAGCCCGCUGCUCCGCCGCCGCGCCAUGGCUUCGCCGUCUCCCUCCUCGCCCCUCCACCCGCACCAGCACCAGCACCCGCUUCCUCCGAAUGCCCACCCCCAAUUCCAAGCCCCACCGCCUUCGAUGCCGCCGCCGCCAGCGGCGCCGCCCAAGGCGUUCGACCUUGAGGUUACAGUCGUCUCCGGGAAGCACCUGAAGAACGUCAACUGGCGACGCGGUGACCUCCGCGCCUACGUCGUCGCCUACCUCGACCCCUCCCGCCGCGCCGCCACCCGCCCCGACGACGCCGGCGGUUGCAAGCCCGCCUGGAACGAGCGCCUCGUCCUCCCGCUCCCGCCUCACCUCUCCCCGCACGAUCCCUCCAUCCUCCUGUCCCUCGACGUCUUCCACUCCAAGCCUUCCGACUCGCCCAAGCCGCUCGUCGGAUCCGCCCGCUCGCCUCUCCGCGACCUCCUCUUCCCCACAAACCCUAACCCUAGCCACGAUUCCGCGGCCUCCCCUCUCGUCAGCCUCCCUCUCCUCCGCCCCUCCGGCCGUCCACAGGGAAAGCUCCGCAUCCGCGUCGCCAUCCGCGAGCGCUCGCCGCCUCCUCCUGAGCCCCAGUACCCGCCGCCAUCCAGCUCCCCAUACUACUUUCCACCACCUCCGCCUCCCGCCUACUCGGCCCCGCCGCAGUACGGAUCCGAGCAAUACUACCGGCCCAGUGGGUACUACUCUGCACCAGCACCUCCACCUCAGUAUGAGUACACGGGAGGGCCUUCCGCACCGGUCGACUACAGCAGGCAGUAUGAGCAGAGAGGUAGGACAGGGGGUGGUGAUAGUGGGAGCGGAAGGUAUGGAGUAGGCACUGGACUUGCGGUGGGUGCUGUGGCUGGAGCCCUCGGGGGACUAGCAAUUGGUGAAGGGGUGAAGUACAAGGAGGAGAAGGCUGCAGAGCGGGUGGAAGAGAAGGUGGUACCCGCUGGGAGGGAUGAUUACAGCGAGUAUCGUGGCGACUAUUGAACAGGAGUUUGUGUGGGUGUGGAACUGAGAAUGCACUGUGAGUUGGUUCUUCUUUCCUGCCUGGGAAUAAAGUCAAUAGUGUUAUUUUAUGGUUUGCUCCAUAUAUGUAUAUAUUUGUGCAUGUUGUGGAAUGUUUUGAUGCCUACAAAGUAUUAUGUAUGACAGAUUUGAUGUGUACCAUGAAUGUUUAAUGGUUUGCUUCGAUGGUGUACUUGUGUCUUGUUUUGGGGUCUUAUCUUUUUCUGCAGUUGUACUGCUGUUUUCCUUGUGUCUGGUGUGUUGAAAUUGUUGUAUACAGUAUACUCAUCAAAGGCAAUUGUACUGCUAUGUGCUCUGUUUCCAUUGUAUGUGAUCCGUUGAAUUGUUGUAUACAUCGAAGGCAAUUGUACUGC